CAGAGCCCUACAGAGCCUCAGCCUGUAACUGAACUGACAAUGCGCCUGAAACAUGUCCAAUACAACACCCCCAUUCCAGCUCCUGUCCAACAACGUUUCGUUGACCAAUCAGAGGUUGGCAGUGCCCAUAAGGACGUUCAUGGGCUUUCUGUCUGUGUCUCCAUGUCUCCUCUUCCUCUAUAUCAACACUGUCAUGCUGUACAGUCUGAAGAGCAAGCCCAUGUUCAGAGAGACCUCACGCUACAUCUUGUUUGGUAACCUCCUCUUCGCCGACACCAUCCUACUGGUGACCAGCCAACUGCUGUACAUAUUAGCCGUGGCUGGGUUGUUUGUGAUCCGAUACAUAUGUGUUGUGAUUGUGUUGGUGGCCAUUUUCACCAGCGCUGUUUCCCCUCUCAACCUGUCUGUGAUGUCGCUAGAGAGGUACGUGGCUAUCUGUUAUCCUCUGAGGCAUGCCUCCAUUGUCACCCCCGGGACUACGGGCGUGGUCAUUGCUGUAGUGUGGAUCCUGUGUUCCCUAAACACUAUCAUUAAGCUUAUCAUGCUGCUGGUUCUAGAGUCCAUGCCUCUGGACCAGUUAAUGCAGGAAUUCUGCUCUACCAGCCAACUUUUCCACCUGAAGAUUCACAACCAGGUAGACAACGUGUUCAUCAGCAUCGUCUUCAUAACCGUUAGUUUUAUCAUCAUAUACUCCUACAUCGCUAUGAUGAUGGUAGCCAAGUCCGCCUCCUCAGACAAGGACUUGAACACCAAGGCUCGUAACACGGUUCUACUGCACCUGAUCCAGCUGGGGCUGAGUCUCUCUUCAACCCUGGUUCCUACCAUAGUGUCAGCCUUGAAAUCCAAAGCAAUGGACAAAGCCACACAGAUCGAGUACAUUGUGUUUAUCAUCCUGAUUAUCCUGCCCAGGUGUCUGAGUCCUCUGAUCUACGGCCUGAGAGACCAGACGUUCAGACACAUCCUCGUGUACCAUCUCACCUGUGGCCUCAGAUGCACAGUGCAGCCCAUUAAAAUCUCCAGCUAUUGAUAACAUUAAUGUUUUUUAUUGUAACAGAAAAAUUCCUUCCGUUUUUAAUGAAAACUGUUUUUAAGAACUUGUAAUAAUGCUGAAGAAAUGUACAGAACUAAAACACACGUAUGUAAACGCUUUAAAGGGUUAAUCUGCAGUUGCUACAUACAUUUUUUGACAUGCACCCAUUGAUUCUUGAAGAAUAUAACUUAUAAAUGCCUCAUUAGCUUCGUUCAACUGUCAGAACCCAAAGUAUAAGUCUGUUUGACUAUAAUGUUCGUAAACAAAGUAAAAUGUAAACAAACACUCUAUAGCUUCAAACAUGGUUAAAACUAGCAUUUUGAUAUCAUGGAAUGUCAGUCCUUACAUCUAUAGCACUUUCUUUGAAUUUGAGAGUAGUUACAUUUCUCCAGCCCCAUCCCUCAGCUUUUUACAGAAACAGUGGCGCUUUGUUAUUGUUUCAACUGCGGAUUGCCUCUUUAAGGAGUUACUUAAAGUUUUCCUGUAAUACAAUUUAUGAA